AUGGAAAAUUAUAAAGGAAAAAAAGCUUCACCAUUACUCCCUAAUCUGAGAGAGCAAAUAAAAAGUUCAGGGUAUCUAAAGGAAAGACCUACUUUUACAAAUUCAGUAUCAUCGCCUAGAAUGUCAUAUCCAAUGACUGAUAGAUUUACGUUUACGAAAAACCGAUUCCAUAAAUACACAUCAUCGUUUCUGCCUUCUGAAAAACCUAAAAGUCCUCAUGCGGCUACAGAUAACUGAAUUUCGAAUAGAAACCAAACGCCGACCAAGCCUGCUCACUUUUUUAAAAUUUCUGAACCUGAAUUCCGUUAUCACGAAUUCAACUCUCCCUUUAUUAAAACAAAAUCUGAUAUAAUCACAACUUUAAGAGAACUAAUGGUAACAACUCAAAGACCAUAUGACUCAAGCCAAACUAUUAAUCGGCUUAAACUCGUAUUAAAAACACUUGAAAUUUUGUCUAAUGAAGAAGGCAAGUAUCAAGCUGAAAUGAAAUAUAUAGUGGAUGAAAUAAAAAAUGCAAUUUUCGCCAAUAAAGAAGAAAUUAAACCAAAGCUAUUGGAAAUUGUGUAUGAGAAACAUAUAGAUGCACUAAGUGAUUUGGAUGGAUAUGUACCGUAUUCUUAUUUGUAUUAUAUUUUGAAUGAAAUAAAUGAGGGAUAUAUAGGGAAAGAAUUGCAAAAUGAAAAAAAUAUUGAAGAGUUGAAAAAGAAGCAUGUGGAGGAGAUUGAGGAGAUUAAUAAAAAAACGGCAGAAUUGCAAAGAAUUAUUGAUGGAAAAUUAGAAGGAAACGUUGAUUUAGCAGAUGAGUAUCAAAAAUUAAAAGCAGACUUUGACAGAAAACUCCGCGAACUAAAAAUCGCCAUUGCCAAAACCUCUGAGCUUGACUCAAAAUUAAAAAACUGCAAAAAAGCUUUAAAAGAUGCAGAAUUUUUAAAUAGUGAUAUUAAUGACGAGCUAAAAAAGACCAACGAGGUCAAUACAAGGCUGAGAGAGCAGCUGAGACUUGCCAACGUGGAAUAUGAAAAACUUAAAGAUAAAUACGAAAAUUUCAGUGGAGGGUAUUCCACUAUUAUUUAUAAAUUAAAGCAGUCAUAUGAGUCUAAUGAUGAGCUAGAAAUGAGGAUUUCUCAGCUACUGAAAGAAAAAACUGAGCUUUCUGUAAGGGCUGCGGCUGGAUAUGAAGAGCUAACACCAAGGCCAAACUUAGAGCCAUUAUUUAAAGAAAUGGGCGAAAAUUUUCCAAAGGGGUCUACAAUUGACAGAAUAGGAAUUUUAUUUUCUCAUAUUGUUGAUUGGAAAAAUAAAAAUAAUAAAGUCAAAAAAACCAAAAAACCGAGAGCGAAAUCACCGAGGAGAGAAACGUCUCCAUAUAUAGAAGAAGAUGAUAAACGGACAAAAGAAAGCUCUUUACUUGAACUUUAUGUCCCUUCCAGCCCAAGAAGAUCUGUCCAAAACCCUAUAACGUGGGGUUCAUUACUUCAGCCUUAA